GCAGAAGUAGCGUGGCUCGCCGAACAUUAGCUACUCUCUGCUGUGCUCUCUCUCGCUCUCUCUCAGUUCACUUUUUCCAGACUGGUUUCACGUAUCCUCUCCAUCAGAGGCGAUUCCAACAGAGACUUCUUCUUCUGCAGUGGAUGAUCCUGAGGGGAAACCAUGCUCCCAAUGGCCCUUCGUCUAAUUGGUCUGUGUGUGGUCUUCUGCAUCAGCAGCAGCUUGGCCACACCACUACCCUUUUACAGUUCUAUAGAAGGAAGUACAGAUGAGGAAGAACUCAGUAACUUUACUUCCUCUCUGCCCACCAGCAACCUUUCCUCUGAGUACCAAACCACACCUGUUGGCCCCACCCAUGUGGAAACAGACUUUCUGAAUCAAGUUGUGGACUUUCUGGAGGAGAACAUGCUCCUUAUCCUUGUUGCAGGCUCUUUCAUCCUUCUGCUCUUCCUUAUUAUCUGUGGGUCAAUUAUCAUGAGCCGCAGGCGCAAAGUCAAUGCCUACUACCCUUCCUCUUACCCCUCAAAAAUGUAUGUAGACCACAGGGACAAAACAGGAGGUGCUAAACUCUUUAAUGAAGUGCCAGAAAAACACGCUCCCGAGCAGGAAAGUGAGCCAGUGGACUCUCACAAGCAGCUCCAGGCAGACAUUAUGAGGGCUACCAAGAGGCUGCGCACACCAAAUAAAUGUGUUGAUGCUGCAGAGGGAGGUGACUCCAGUGAGAAAGUGGCAGACCACAGUCCUGAGGACAGCUCUCAACCAGAUGGCAACAUCCUGGACCAGCAGCUACCAAGUCUCCCUGAGGAAAAGGAGCUGUGUGAGCUUUCUGAAAGUGAAGAAGCAGCAGGAAGCCCUGAGCUGAAUCCUCCAGAGCAGCUUCAUCCAGAGGAAGCGAAUUUACAGGAGCCUGAAACUGGCAGGAGUGUCCGGCCCUCCUCUCUGCACAUUCACAAUGACUCUGCUACACUUCAGCUGAUUGCGGGAGAGAAAACUGCCUUCUAACUAUUCUGAACACUGACCUGAAUGUAUAUCUUUUAACACUUUGAAUCCAUGAGUGGCAAUUUGUGCAGUAAGUUUACAAAAAUGUCUACAAGUUUAUCAAGGGAAAAGAAAGGUUGCUAAAUUCCAAUCAAAGUGUUGUGAGUUUUUUUUUUUUUUUUGCAAUAUUGUAGCAGCCAGUUGCUUUGCUCUGACUGGAUGUAUAUUUCAUGCCAUAUUAUAAACAUCUUACUUAGAGUAACGUCAUUAACUUCUAGUACAAAACUGAUUUCUUUUUAUGGGGUGUUUUGUGUUGUUUAAGGACAUCUUGCUCAGUGUUUAAUUCCUAAAACAAUUAUCCCAAAUACUUUGUCCUGCUGUGCAAAACGUAUUGACGAUGUUUUACAGAGAAGUAUUUGCAUGUUUAAGAUUAGUCAAUAAUAGAAAACCAAUGCCUGAGAAUAGUUUUGGUUUCAGGAUACUUUUAUUGCAGACUGUCAAGGAAGCAUUACUAAAUAAUCAUAAAUAACACUUAAAACCAA